CGUGUCUCAGCGCGCACGCAGGCUACCAGCACUUCUUCCUGAAUAAAAAAACUGACUGAUAAAUAAAUAAAAAAUAAAUAAAGGAUCAAAACUAAAGAUAAACAACCGGAAGAGGAGCGGAAACGUCUCGUGCGCGGUGAGGUGUCUGCAGACAGAGAAACUUUUCGAUGAACUGCACCAGGGUCCUCCACAUCCUGAACCCUCGUCCUGGCGGGCUGUCUCCCAUCAUGCCCGUUGACAUGGCGAUGAGGAUCUGCCUGGCCAGCUCUCCCCCUCUGCACACCUUGCUCAGUAACUACGACAACGCUCAGCUGCGAUCGCGCUGUGAGCCGCUGCGACCCUGCCUGACCUCCAAGCGCUGCGGCGACUGCAACAACGGCAUCACCACGGCGACCACGGCCUCGACCACCGCGGCGAUGAGCUCGGAGACGGACGGCCGCCCGACCUGGCCGAGCAAGAAGAAGAAAAAGAAGAAGAGCGUGGUGUUCGCCGACUCCCGGGGCCUCGCUCUCACCGCCGUCCACGUCUUCAACGAGUUCGAGGAAGACCUGCUGACUGAGCUGCAGUACCACCUGACUGAGAUAGAGGGCGCCACCGCCGAACUGCAUCUAGGAGACGACAAAGGUCGUGGCCCCGCCCUCCUUCUAGAGUUCACUCAGCCCGCCGCAGACUACCUGGACCUGAGGAACCGGCUCAAAGCCCAGCAGGUGUGUCUGGAGACCUGCUCGGUGCAGGACCGCCUGCUCUCAGGUACGGUUCAGGUGCGAAACAUCUGCUUCGACAAGUCCGUCGCCGUGCGGAUCACGUUCGACUUGUGGCGCUCCUUCCAGGAUGUUCCCGGCGUCUACAUGAACAACGUGUACGGCUGUCCCGACACCGACACCUUCUCCUUCUCCGUCCUGGUCCCCGAGAGCCUGGGGCCCUCGCACAGGGUGGAGUUCUGCGUUCAGUACCGGACGCCCGAGCAGACCUUCUGGGACAACAACGACGGCGACAACUACAGGCUGAGCGUGGCCGACCCGGACAGAAGCUCCGCCCACUGCGCCGCCGACAGCCUCGCCGGGCUGCACAUCCAGAGAGACCGGGCCGGGGGGAAGAAGGAGGGGGUGGAGUUUGAUCCGUUUGGGAGUCCGAGGACCUCUUCGGGGAUCUUUCCUGAGUGGCAGAGCUGGGUCCGCGGUGAGACCAGCUCCCCCUACUGGUGAGACCAGCAUGGGACAUGUUCUCAUGCUGGUUUUGUUUUCAUGAGUUUUUAAAAACUUACAUCGCCCCUCACACGUUCUGUCCUCCAGAGUUUAUCCAGGUGUGUCAGUCAUGUAAACAACAGAUUCUCACCUGAGCCCCAACAGCAGUCCUUCAGAGUCUUUAUGAAUCCUUCAGAGCCGGAGAAUCAAAAUUCUUCAGAUCAAAGCCGAGGAGGUCAAACUUUCUCAGUCCAACAGUCGCCUGAAUCUGACACUUUAAUCUCCCAGGAUCCAACACUGGGCCCAAACUGGUCCACCUGCUGCACACUGGGUCACCUCACUGCCGUCAAGGAGCCAAACCCGGGUCAAGUCCUGGGUUCAGACACAGACUCAGCUGGAUACCUGGGGUGGGCUCGUGGGAAUGUUUUAAAAAUGUGACAAAGGGAUGCUGGACCGCGAGUGAAACUGAUCAGAAGAGACUCCUGUGUCAAAGCACCUUACAGGAUCCAAAAGAUCUGGACUCUUUGAAGUGAUCCACAUCAAUCCAAAAGGAUUUAAAAAGUCUCCCACAGAUUCACAAGUAGAUUGUUCAAACUUCCCAAAGACCAUCAAGUGUUUCUGUAGUCUCUUUCGAAAACGGUCCUGAUCCUAAACCAGCUCUCAGAAGUCAACAAGUCCUCAAACACCAGCUCCAAACUUUCAAGACAUCAGCGAGACAUUCAGGGUUUGAAACAACAACUAACAAAGAAGAGGAAAAGAACAUUUUUGGACUAAACAAUCAAAGCCCUUCAGCAGACUCUGUGUUCAGGUUCAACCUCAUUCUGUUUCCAUGGUAACCUUCUGUUUGUGCUGCUCACUCUUUUGGAAAUAACGUUGCUUCUGCAACAAAUCAGCAGAGACGCAGUACUUUACACGCUCCCAGUACUGAAUCCACCUUUUAUGCUAGCUAAGGGCAGCCAACAGGAGGUUAGCCGUUAGCCUUUGUGCAUGAGCAUGUUGUUUAAAGUCACACUGCCAACUACUGGCCUGGCAUGUGUACUACGUUUUUGAGUCGUUUUUUUGUGAUCCCUAUGCACGCUUCAUCAAAACAUCUUCUGGUUGCUGAACUUUUGGGAAAAUGCAAGCGAGGCCUCAAUGUGAGACUAAAUAUAAAUCUGCACUUUACUACACGAUGUCCCUCGACCUUUAGCGUCUGCUGUUAUUAGGAAAGCGGCAGACGUUCGAGCUUUCACCUUCAUUGUUAAACAUGGUGGUUUAACCCGGGAUACAACAGGGACAUUUAAUGGGAACACUACAGUUCUGAUAACCUCACGACCAAAAACCAGAACAUCAUCUGUCAAACCUUUAACUGAAGGGUUUGUAGUGUGAAGACAGAGCUGUAGUCAGGCUCCUUUUCUGUUGGUGAUAAUCCAGACUCGUCUCAGUUUUUUGGGAGUUUCUUCUCAGCCUCUUUAAGCUAAAACACUCCAUACUUCUCAAAGUGUCCUCACAUUGGUGACAUUUUAAAUCUUCAGGUUUAUAACGGUGAGUUCUGAACUUGUCUUGCUCCGACCCGCAGGUCAAAAAGAAGCUCAAAUAGAGAAAAGGAAAACACAAGAGCACUCGCAGGGAACAAGUUCUUUACUCCGAAAAAGUUAACGAGUUCUUCCUCUGAAAUGAUUUUUUGGCCACACCCUGUGCUCUGAUUGGCUUGCGGUUGGUUUUCUCGUAUUGCCCCCCGAACAAAUCAAUCGUCUGCUGAUAUGCAUUGACAAUCCAACCGAUUGUGUCUUUGAAAAUGUUUACCGAUGGAUUGUCCUUUAUGAGAGAGGAGCUGAUUCAUCCUCUGUGAUUAUUCUGUUUUCUUCCUGUUAGCAUCCGGGUCGUCACUGUACCAGAAGUUCAAACUUUGAUAUGAUUCUAGUAGUGUCAAACUUUAUAGAUAUCUGUUUGAUACCAUGCCCCCCCGGUAACAAGUCCUAGACCCCCAGUAUUUGGUAAUUUCCUGUUUUUAAAGAUCAAAGUUGCAGGCAAACGUCUGCACACGAAAUCGAAAUUUGACGAAAUUGCAAAAAAGCGUUGAUUAUGUUUGUAUUUGUGUCAAACACUGUAAAGAUUGCACGAAAACAUUGGGAAUUGUGUGUUUAAGGUCUAAAUUGGGCAAAAACUUUAGCAGCGCUGACAUUUUUGUACCAAAAUACGUUUUAAAUUGUAUGUAAACAUUGGGAAUAUUGGUAUUUAUGGGUCAAACACACGAGGUAAAUUGCACAAAACCUUCGAGGCAUUGGGAUUUUUUUGCCGAAAAAGUUCUAAAUUGCAGGUAAACAUUGGCAACGGAGGGAUUUGUGUGUCAAACGAUGUCUAAAUUGCACAAAGACAUCGGGGAAAUGUGAGUCAGACUGCACAAACUGACAGUCCAAUACACAAAUCUCAACGUUGCCAAUUCAAUCUUUGAUGGACUCAAUCUUUCUCUGACACCUGAUUUAUGAAAUAGACGAGUCUUUUAAAGUUUUGGUACUUUCAGUUACUAUCGAUCGUUUAAAUAACAACAUAUUGAACGACUUGUUUUAGCGUGAAACACUGUGACUGAGGUUUAGACGUAGAACAGAAGUAUUCUGUCGCCGCUGUAACGGGUAAUUCCUGGAUGUUGCUAUGCAUUAAGUGUCAUACUGUGGUCGUGUUGUCAUGGUAACUGCUGUAGAUGGUAAAGAUCCACCUGUGCUACUCAUACCCAGCAGUUUUGAAAUCUGUUCACUGUAAAUACACAGCUCGGUGUGUGAUCAUUACAUCACUUCCUGUUAGCCUCGUUGCUGUUUGGAAACGCGUAACCAUGGUUACUUGUAGCAACUACAACAUGUCCACAUACCUGGCAACAAUGGAGGAUGUGGGCGCUGCCAGUGCGAAGAGCGUUGGACACAUGUCCUUACUCUUUAAUGAGUGCCCCUCCCCCCACCGCCGUUGUAUCUUAUGAUGUUGUCAUUGCUGCAGUGCAUUGUGGGAAGUGUAUGCUGUAGUAUCGUUGUGUUCAUAGUUUCACUUCACAAGUCGGUGUUUUCUUUCUGUCUUUGUUGUUAACUUUAUAAACCUCGUGCUAAUUCAGCGUUUUUAAAAUCACCUUAUUUUUUAAAUUUCAGACGCAGCGUUGCACUUCCUGUUAGCUCCUGUAGCCCUUCCAGUUUAAAAGCCUUUACUAACCUAAGAAACUCUUCCAGUGCUCUUACCUUGUUGCUGCUACUGUGUGUGUGUGUGUGUGUGUUUUGUAAAUCAUGAGACAGGAAGUGUUGAAGUCUGAAGGUUAUUGAAAGUGUUUGAAAAGGACUGUUUUGUUUUUUUUAAAGUUUUGGUCGACGUCUGAUGAAAGCAGCCUGUGGCCAUUUGGUUGGAAAUGAAUUAAAAGUAUUUUUUCAGACCUUACCUGAAAAGGAUAUUUAAGCUAGCCACAGGUUAGCUCGUGCUAAUCUAGCAGUAAAGUCUAAUGGCAUUGUAUCUGUAGCAUGCUGCUAGCUUUAGCAGCUGUACUGUAGCAAGGCUGUAUAAUGUGCAACGUAACGAUGAUGUCAUGAUGAUGUCAUAAUGUUCUACUGAAACAGGAAAUGAUGCAAGAAAGUGAAUGACUUUUCCUUUUGUCUCUUUAAAAAUAAAAUAAAGUCUAAUGUUUAAA